AUUGCAACAAGUGGCCGGGCGCGGACGUGGUGUGUGCACAGAGCUAGCCAGCAAAUCUGACAAAAUACAACACUCGACAAUCGAGCUAUAAACGAGUAGCUUCUUUUGAUCCCUAUUUGGUGAAGUGUAGGGUACACCAUCAAUCAUAAUGUUAUCCGAUGACACUGAAAAUUUGGGGAAUGACUUUGAGUUUGCGGAGCAAGAUGUCAGACAUGGCUUCAUUAAAAAGGUGUAUGCCAUUUUGACAGCACAGCUGGCGUUGACAAUAGCCAUUAUAAUCCCCUUUGUCUAUGUAGAUGAGGUUAAAGAAUACAUGUAUCGGAAUUCAUGGCCAUUUUGGGUUGCAUUUGCGAUGACCAUUAUCUUAAUCAUCGCUCUGUCCUGCUUCACUAACCUCAGGAGGAGUUUUCCAAUAAACUUCAUCUGUCUUUUCUUGUUUACUGUUUUUGAGGGUGUGCUACUUGGCAUUGCAUGUGGUCGUUACCAAACCAACACAAUUCUCAUCGCAGCUGGAAUCACAGCCAUUAUAGUCCUUGCCUUGACAGUCUUUGCCUUCCAAACCAAGAUUGAUUUCACCAUGCUGUCCGGUUUGCUGUUUGCGCUUCUGGUUGGACUAAUGAUCUUUGGAAUAUUCGCCAUCAUCUUCCGUAGUAGGGUCCUUGAUAUUGUGUAUGCUUCAGUUGGUGCAGUCAUAUUUGCAAUGUACAUUGUCUUUGACACCCAGCUGCUCCUCGGAGGUAAACACAAGUACAGCAUUUCACCCGAAGAAUACAUCUUUGCGUCUCUCAACCUGUACAUCGAUAUCGUCCAGAUGUUCAUGUUGAUGCUCUCGCUGGUCAACUCUGCAAGAGGUUAGCUCCAGGGGCCAAUUUCAUAGAGCUGCUAAAUUUGCUUAAGCACGAAAAUAGCUUGCUUAUUUUACACAUGUUGCU